UGAAGAACCUUUCCCAGUAGGCAGAUUCGUCAGUCAACCUUCCGCCUUCUGUGUAAAGCGCACCUAGGCUGCGGAAAGCGCAACCAAGACAGAGCUGAGAAUGAGGUUGGUUGUCUGCGCCCUCCUAUGCGCGGGGACCCUAGGGCUUAGUCUGGCUGUUCCGGAGAGGACUGUAAGAUGGUGUGUUGUGUCAGAUCGUGAGGCCACCAAGUGCUCCAGUUUCAGUGACAAUAUGAAGAAAGUCCUUCCUGCAGAUGGCCCAUCUGUUAGCUGUGUGAUGAAAACCUCGUACCCUGAGUGCAUCGAGGACAUCUCGGCCAACAAAGCAGAUGCUGUGACCAUUGAUGGAGCUUUGCUGGCUGAGGCUGGCCUGCCCCACCACAAUCUGAAACCUAUCAUGGCAGAAUACUAUGGAUCAAAAGACGAUCCGCAGACCCUUUAUUAUGCGGUGGCCCUGGUGAAGAAGGGUACAGGAUUUCAACUGAACCAGCUCCAGGGCAAGAAGUCCUGCCAUGCCGGAAUGGGCUGGUCUGCUGGGUGGUAUAUUCCCCUCGGCAAACUGCUUCCUUCUGGCUCUCUGGAAACAGCAGCAGCCACGUUCUUCUCCAGCAGCUGCGCCCCCUGUGCGGAUGGAAAGACGUUUCCCAGCCUUUGCCAACUGUGUGCGGGGAAGGGGACAGACAAGUGUGCCUGCUCUUCCAGUGAACCAUACUUCGGCUACUCUGGGGCCUUCAAAUGUCUGCAGGAUGGUGCGGGGGAUGUGAGCUUCGUGAGGCACCUGACAGUGUUUGAGGUACUGCCACAGAAAGCAGACAGGGACCAGUACGAGCUGCUCUGUCCCGACAACACCCGCAGGCCAGUACAGGAAUACGAGCAGUGCCACCUGGCCCGGGUCCCUUCUCAUGUUGUCGUGGCUCGCAGUGCGGACGGCAAAGAGGACUUGAUCCAAGAGCUUCUCAGAGUUGCCCAGGAACAUUUUGGACAUGGCAAGUCGUCUGCUUUCCAGCUCUUUGGCUCCCCUCAUGGGAAAGACCUGCUGUUCACUGAUGCUGCUCAUGGAUUUCUAAGGGUUCCUCCAAAGAUGGACAUCAACCUGUAUCUGGGAUACGAGUAUUUUUCUGGCAUUAAGAAACUAAAGAGAGGUUUGGAAGACUCCCAGAGGGUGCAGUGGUGUGCAGUGGGCCAACAGGAGAGGGCCAAGUGCGACCACUGGAGCGCUGUGAGUGGUGGAGCGCUGGCAUGUGUCACGGAGGAGACUCCUGAGGACUGCAUCGCUGCCAUCAUGAAAGGAGAAGCAGACGCCAUGAGCUUGGAUGGAGGAUUUGCCUAUGUCGCUGGCCACUGUGGUCUGGUUCCUGUCCUGGGCGAGAACUACAUGUCUACAGAUGGCCAUGAGAGGCUGGGGUCUCAGUGUGUGAAUGCACCUUUGGAAGGUUACUAUGUUGUGGCCGUGGUUAAGAAAUCAGACGUUGGCAUCACCUGGAACUCUCUUCGAGGCAAGAAGUCCUGCCACACAGCAGUUGGCACUUCUGCUGGCUGGACCGUCCCCUUGGGUUUAAUAUACAACCAAACGGGGUCCUGCAAAUUUGAUGAGUUCUUCAGUCGCAGCUGUGCCCCAGGGUCUAAGCCAGGCUCCAGUCUCUGUGCUCUGUGUGUUGGUGGUGACAACCCAGCCCACAUGUGUGCUGCCAACAGCCAUGAGGGAUACCAUGGCUCCAGCGGAGCUCUCAGGUGUCUGGUUGAGAAGGGGAACGUGGCCUUCAUGAAGCACCCCACAGUUCUACAGAACACUGAUGGGAAGAACCCUGAGUCUUGGGCUAAGGGCCUGAAACCGGAAGACUUUGAGCUGCUGUGUCUUGAUGGCACCAGGAAGCCUGUGACCGAGGCUCAGAGCUGCCACCUAGCCAGAGUGCCAAACCAUGCUGUGUUCUCCAGGAAAGAUAAGGUCGACUUUGCUCGCAGAAUACUCUUCAACCAACAGGAGCUCUUUGGAAGAAAUGGAUUUGAAAAAAUGAUGUUCCAGAUGUUUGACUCCUCAGCCAAGGACCUGCUGUUCAGCGAUGACACGGAAUGCUUGUCUAACCUUCAGAACAAGACAACGUACGAAACAUACCUAGGACCACAGUACCUUACCCUGGUGGACAACUUUAGGCAGUGCCUGUCCUCUGAACUGCUCGACGCUUGCACGUUCCACAGACAUUAACCCCAUUCAGCCGGGGUCUCACAGGAUCAGGGGUCCUGAUGGUUUUUCUCCAUGUGGAUGCGUGCUGACAUCUUUAUAACUCGAUGUCAUAAUUGGAGCGAAAAGAAUUCCGACAAAUAAAAAAUCUCUUCCCAGAAAGCUUCACCGAAUGUUCUUAGAUUUGGGACAAAUAAGACUUUUUAGAUUAAAUUUGAGCUUCUAAGGUUAGUAGCUACUGAAAUUUCUAUCUUACAAGCUGGUGAGAUGGCUCAGGGGGCAAAGGCAGCGACCUGAGUUUGAUCUCUGGGACCUGCACAGUGGAAGGAAAUAGUGGACUCCAACAAGCUGUCCUCUGACCUCCACACGGACAUAAGGGCACGAGUGUGCCACCGUGCACCAACACACACAAAUAAAGGAGUGUUAAAAAUACACCUUUGGGGCGAUGACCAGUGGGUUAGCGUUUACUUUGGAAGCACGAGAACUUGAGUUUGGAUCCCCAGAAUCCACGUGAAAACCGAGUGUGGCUUCGUGUGUCUGUGAUCUUGGCAUUGUAAAGAGAUAGGUGGAACCCAGGGCUUGUGGUCACCUGGUCUAGCUGAGACAGUGACACUCAGGUUCCUCAAGAGACCCUGUCUCAAAACAGUAACGGGAAGAGUGACAGAAAAAGACACCUGGUGUCAAACUAUAACCUCCACAUGUUCAUACAUGGGACUGUGCUUACGUAGAACAUGCACGCACAUGCACACACACACACACGGGGGGAAUUUUAAAAAUAAUAUACUUUUAAAAGAGCUCAACCUAACUAAUUUGACUUGUCCCCUCAUACCCUGAUUCUUUUACACAAGAGACAAAUCAUUCAGUUAUAAUUUGAACAACAAAUCUGUCUGAAUACCAUCCAAUCAGUGACGAUAAGAUCACACACACACACACACACACACACACACACAAAACCCUAUCAGUGUGUUCAUCAGAGACAGCUUACAUAAUAACAAGAAAGGACAAGGAAUGAUCUUGUGUAUUUUUAAAACGCAGUUUGGGGCUUUGGGAGAACCUCAGCUUGGAUCCCCAGCACUCAUGUAAAGGGCUAGGUAGAGUGUCUGGGAAAACAAAAACAGGAUCAUUCCCAGAGUUCCCUGGGUGACCAGGCUAGCUGAAUGGGUGAGCUUCAGGUUCAGUGAGAGACCCUGUCUCAAAAAGUAAAGCAGAGAGCAAUAGAAGCCAACACUAGACUUUGACCUCCGGUCUCCACAUGCAUGUGUAUAUACAGGCACAUGCACCCCCCAUAUUCAUACAUAAAACAUCAUCUUUUGACAUUUUAAAUUAAUGCCAAAGGCGAUCAAAGUCUGUUAUUGUUUCCUGAAAAAUAUUAAAAUUAUGGCAAACAUUGUACCUGACUGCUUGUUCAGUCAACUUUCUAAAAAGUGUGAUGCACGAGACACUUGCUUCUUUUCAGUUCUUAUCAGAAAUGUCACCAUCUCUAGUUAUUUCUACAACGCCAGCUUGUGACAGCCUCUUAGCAAGUGUGGACUUGGAGCUAAGAUUAUAUGUCGCUAAAAGUCAGAUUUCUACAAGUGAGUGAAGGAGUGGCCGGAGCAGGACGCACCCGCUUCACAAACACCUGAAGAGCAGGAAAAGAAUACAUGAAACAGCUCGACAGCAGGGAAUUUGGAACCAUGGAGGAAGGGAAACAAGAGCUGGGAUGAUGAUGACCCCGCCUUCUGCCAGUCUGAAGUUUCCAGAAACAGAGAUAGAAAUCUGAGUCAAUGUGACCGGCAUCAAGUGCCAAACAGGAUGGAACUUUGCAGGGGAACUGUUCAUGGCCCACACUACAGUGUCCUUGAUGAACCUGCACCAGUACAGACUGAAAUUAAAACCCAACACAGUACAGGGGACUCACAACACAUGUCACUGUAGCCCUGGGCAAUCCAGCCUCUCUUCCAGCCUUGGCAGGCAUCUGCAUAUGUAUGUGCUCACAUACUUCACACACACACACACACAAAUACAUACACACACAGGAACACAGACACACACACAGACAUACAUGCACACAAGACUAAAGGCAAAAGUCUACCGAUAACAACUGUUUUGUUCAAAGACAGAUCAUUAUUAUUUCAGAUAAGUUAAUAAAGUUCAUCAAACUGUUU